CUGGGAGGCCGCAGCAGAUCCACCAGCUCACUGCCCACCAUGGACACGUCCACCGAGGACUUCACACGCUCAGAUGUCGAUGGUGAGAUGACGAUGUUGACACCGGACGAUGUCGCAGGACAGAGCGCCGACGUCGGCGACGAGGUGGAGAACCUUCGGAAUAGUUUGCGAGAGGUCGUCCACGAUGCCACCGUCCAACCCAAGAUGCAGUGCCUGAUGAUGGACUCCUCUUUCUCCAUGGUAACCAUGCAGGGUGAGGACAGUGGGAUCGCCUGGGAGACCACCUCCAGCCGCUGCACCACGCCGUGGGCGUCCGACGCCGGAGCUGCAGAGCUCGGCUCUCCGGUUGCGGUGAGGCCCGCGACACCCAAAUCUCACCCAGCAGGAAAGAUAAUUUUUGUCAUGGACGAAGAGGUGAUUUCAAGACAGAGGAAAACGAAGGAAAAUAAGCAGAAAAGCAAGGCAGAGAAGCAGCAACAAGCACUGGGGGAAAGCUUUGAAAACAUCUCAGGACGGCCCGAGCUGGUGGAAGUCUCCCGACCAAAUGUGAAAAGUGAGGUUGAGGGAGACCAGGAGGAAGCAGCAGAUCCUCUGGAGGACAAAGAGCAGCGGCUGUUCAGCAUUGUGUCCGAAGGCUCUGAGAUCUUAAACAUUGUCGUUCCCCCUAAAUUUGCCACCGUGGAUGAAGAAGAGAGCAAAGAAAUGGUGGACAAUCUGUCCUAUCUGGAGGAGAGCCUUGUUCCUAAAGCUGUUGUGGACACCCAGGACAACGAGCUGCUGGUCCUGCAAGGACCGGGAGACCAGGCCCAGGCCCCGCCUGCCCCGGUCCCGGCUGCGAUGGACCCCCCAGGAGCUCCCGUGGCCAGACCUGCUGGCAGAGCAGCUGCUGGGAACGUGGACUACUUCGAGGCCUUCGCCCUUGUUGAUGCCCAGGCUCCCGGGAGUCCUGCGGUGACGGCGCAGGAGCAGGAGGAACCGAAGGAAGAGGCUGCGACUGAGAGCCAGGAAACAGAGGAACCGGCAGCGGAAGAGGAGAGCGUCGUCAACAAAAAGGUGGAUAAUGACCGGUCGGACACAGGCGCCUUGGAGGAGAUCACCAGCGAGCUUCUGGAUGAAGUCUUCUACGGUGGUACGGACAGCCACCCAAUUAAGAGUCUGGGCUCGGCAGACGGAGGCAUCGCCCCAAUAUCCCGACUUCCUUCAAAGCCGAGCGGUUCCAAUUUGUUUGGAAGCCAAGAGGAGAUCCUGACUCCGAUCUAUCUACCAGAAGGGCCACCGAAAAUUAUCGACCCCAUUCUGCUGGAGGAGCCCAAAGCCAUGGCUUUCCUCUACACAGACCUAUACGAGGAGGCAGUGGGCAGCUGGAAAAAGGAGGAGGAUGCGGAAAGCAUGACGUCUGAGAAGUCCUUCCACAGCCGGCAUUCAGACCGGGAGGCCAGGGGAUACCUGGAGAAAUACGUCCUCAUAGAUGAGACUCCUGCAGUGGAAGUGGAGCAGGCGGAGAAAGAAAACCAACCGGAAGAGGAAUCGAGGACCCUUCUCCAGGAUCUGUAUGAAGAUUUUCAGGUCAAGUCAGACGAAGACGAUAAGCAACAGUCAGAAGAGAUAACCGACUUCUUCAGAUCCAGUGGCAACUCUUCCCCCUGCGACAUCGACCCCUUCCCUCGAUUGCAAGAAGAAGAAGAAGAAGACACGCAAACUAAGACAAAGAGUAAAGCCAAGAAGCAGAAAAGUGUGUCAAUAGUGAGUGAAAAAGCUGCUGACAGCCCGCUGGAUCCACUCAGCCUGACAAGCUUUGAGUUCCCACCUGAGGAGCCAGACUGGGGAGCUCUAGAUGAUCACAUUGACCUCGAAGAGACGCAUGUGAACGUCCAGGCAGGUGAAGAGAUUUGGAAACAAGAUCCAGAGUUAAACAAGCCAGUUGCUCCUCCCAGGAAGAAGGCAGCGUCCUCUCCUAAAUCGUGUUUGGAUCUAACACCUCUGACCCCGGCUGACGGGACUCCGGAGGAAGAGGAGAUGGCCGGAGGGAAGGAGCAAAAGGUGGAGGAGGAGAAGGAGACGGCAUCGCCCGCAGAGACGGCAGAUGAGGGAGAUGGAGAAGACAUCGCACAGGCCCCUGCUGAAGAGCCGCUGCCAGAGAACGCCCCGGCCCCGGGGGGACCCGGGUCCUCCGAAAGCCAACCAGAACCAGAAUGUGAAGAAGCACCUGCAAGAGACUCAAAACCAGCUGAGGAGAGAGACACGAAGACGGCUGAGGAAGGAGGAGGCGAGAUGGAAGCAGCUCUGCAGCAAAUCGAACUAAAAGACACAGAAGUCACAAAAGAGAUGAAUCCGGAGAAGCAAGAAGACAGUCCAGCUGCACCAUCUGAGCCAGCUGAGCCAGCCAAAAACAAAGCACAACUUGAAACCAGCGACAUCUCGUCCACAGAAGAUGGGUUAACCGACGCUUUUGAAGACCUGGCUGCGCUCCCGGUGGAGGUGGGAGAGAGACGACCGACGUGUUUACGGUGCCGUCGCCCUCAGAAGGUGUGUCUGUGUCCUUUUCUUCCACCACAACCCCUGGAGGUGUCCACUUGUCUGUACGUAGUGCAGCAUCCUGCAGAGGAGAGCCGUGUGCUUCGCACGGUGCCUCUUCUUGCUGCGUGUUUGCCGCAAGGAAAAUGCAACGUCAUAGUCGGGAGAAGGUUUAAUGAAGAGAAGCACCCGGAGCUGGCCGCCGUGUGCCGCGACAGCAGGACGCUCAUCCUGUACCCGGGUCCAAAAUCCCAGAACCUGGAGGAGCUGGUGCAGUACCGGGAGGUCGGCACCGUGAAGCACAACGUGAUCCUCAUCGAUGGCACCUGGAGCCAGGCCAAAAACAUGUUCCUGAAAAACAGCAUGUUCCACCAGCCCAAACAGGUGCAGCUGAACAGGACACUGUCCAGCCAGUACGUGAUCCGGACGCAGCCCUCCAACAUCUGCCUGUCCACGCUGGAGUGCGCCGCUGUUGCCUUGUCGGUCCUUGAGCAGAACGACGACAUCCAAGAGGUCCUGCUGAGGCCGCUGAGAGCCCUGUGUUCCUUCCAGCUUCAGCACGGCGCUCAGGUUCACCACAGCAAGGAGCACCUGCUGAAGAACGGCAUGUACGACAAGCCCAUGCCCAAGAACAAACGCAAGAUAAAGAGAAUGGAGAAGCUCAUCACCGACCACAACGUCUGCCCGAGAUGAGGAAGGGAUGGGGCGGAGAAGAUGCUGGUCCCAGCUGUGUCCGGGCGUGCAAACAAAUGAACUCGCAGGGAUAUCUUUCUGUCUUCUGUUUUUUAAGAUAAAGGUUGUGUGCCGGUGAUUAUUAUUUAUGUAAUUGUCAUAUAUUCUAAAUUAAUUUCAACAGUUGACUUGAAGUGUUUACAUGAAAUCAAGUUUCACAUGUUCUUUUUAGCUAAAUAGUUUACAUAACACGCCCUUAAGUGAUAUUAAACUCGUGGGACUUUUCAGGAUUACAGCUGGUCUCCAGUUCGACGCACGUUUACUAAGGAAAGUUGGAAAAGAACGUGUUGAAAUGCUGGACCUGAAAGCGCCAAAAAGAGCAAAAACAGGAUUAUGUUGUGUAGUCAUAUUUAUGUUUGUAGGCUGUUAACGUUUCUUAUGAAUGAUUAUGCAUACUGUCAAAGGUGUGUUAUCUGACCUGGUGAAAUAUCCCUGAAGUUAAACAGAUCAGGCAUGAUGAUGCAUUCAAAGCUCCUGGAGAUUGUAGGAACUUGGAGAAGUUACAUUUUUGUCCAUACGAAACUGGUUGCUUUCAGGUUUCUUUGACAGCAAAAAAAAGGCAUAUAUUUGACUAAGUUUAAGAAAUGAUUUAGCUUUAAAUUCAUCAUGAUGUACUAUGUUUGAUUUACUUGAUCAAGGACAUCCAAACAUUUUGUUUUUACUAGGGAAAGAAAUGUAUUAUUAUUUGGGAAAGGAAGCUGAGACAUUUGACUUCUGAUGUUUUUUCUUCUGGUCAGAAGUUGGAUGUCCAGAAUUCCAAGUUCUUUUAAAUGCAUCAUAAAUGCCAGAGCCACUUUAGGUAUUAGUGAUUCUAACCUUAACCCAGAGAACGAGAAAAAAAAUUCAAACAAACUCUACAUUUCACGCGUGGACUUAGGAAUACUUGGGAAAACAAGCGAUGUAACAGUUUACUAAAGGGAUUACUUUGUGUCCCAGUGAAGGGUUUAAAAAGUGUAUGGAUGACAGGUCUGACUGACCUUUUAAGGAUUUAAUAAAUGAAAUGAGUGUUUUCAGCAGUUUUAAACUAUUUCUUAAUGCUGUAGAACUGGAAAAAAAAACUUUGUUUAUGUUGUAAAUUGUACAGUUUUCUAUAAAGAGUUUGGCUGUCACUUUUCAACUGUCAUUUUUUUUA